CAAGCUGUUUGACGCCGGAAGAGGACGGACCUAAUAUGGCGGCGUCCAGGGGCUCUGGAAACAGCGGCCCAUGUCGGCUAACGGAGCGGUGUGGGGCCGGGUGCGGAGCCGCCUCCGCGCCUUCCCUGAGCGGCUGGCCGCCUGCGGGGCCGAGGCCGCGGCGUACGGCAGGUGCGUGCAGGCCUCUACGGCCCCGGGCGGCCGCCUGAGCAAGGACCUCUGCGCGCGGGAGUUCGAGGCCCUGCGGAGCUGCUUCGCCGCCGCGGCCAAGAAGACGCUGGAGGGAGGCUGUUAGGAGGUUCUGAGCUUCACACCUGUCUGCUGCUGUGGGUGCAGAGCCCUCGUCCUGAUGGCGCCUGGUGGCACACAUGGAAUGCCCAGGGCAGAAAGGAAGAGGAAUGGCGAAGAUGUGACUUCCUGAUGUUAGAUCCUAUUUCUUCUCAGCAAGUUGAGGUGUGGGUAGAGCAGAAAUUGGUUUUCCAGCCUUGUCUGUAAGGACUUGAGUUCGAAUAAGAUGUAACAGAAGCAACAAUAAAGAUUCCGUCAGGUCCUGCA